AUGGGCUUUCUGCUGCCGAUCCUUCUGGCUCUGUUAGCCUCUGUCUUGGGGGGACUCUACCUCCUGGGGGCCUUCAGGUGGUGUCGACCAGGGGAACCCCCCCUGGACCGGGGCCCCAUCCCCUGGCUGGGCCAUGUCCUUGAGUUCCGCAGGGAUACAGCAAAGUUCCUGGAGAGGAUGAAGAGGAAGCAUGGGGAUAUUUUCACUGUGCAGCUGGGAGGAUUCUACUUCACAUUCCUUAUGGACCCUCGGUCCUUCGGGACGAUUGUGAAGGAGGCCCGCACCAAACUGGACUUCAGCAAGUUUGCACAAAAGCUGGUUCAGAAAGUGUUUGGUUACCACUCCGACCACAGGUUUCCUCAGAUGUCCAGCAACAAGCACCUGAUGGGGGACGGUUUAGUGGUCAUGACACAGGCUAUGAUGAGCAACCUACAGAAUCUGAUGCUGCACAGUGUAGGGACGGGGGAUAAUAACGAUAUGCCCUGGAAUGAGGACGGUCUGUUCAACUACAGCUACAACAUUGUCUUCAGGGCAGGUUACCUGGCUCUGUUCGGUAAUGAGACACCAAAACCCACAGAGAGCAUAGAGAAAGCCAGAGAGGUCGACAGAGUGGAGUCCCAGGAGCUCUUCCUUGAGUUCCGUAAGUAUGACCAGCUCUUCCCCAAUCUGGCCUAUGGGGUCUUGCCUCCAGGGGAGAAGAGAGAGGCGGAGAGGCUGAAGAGGCUGUUCUGGAACAUGCUGUCAGUGCAGAAGGUGAAGACCAAGGAGAACAUCAGUGUCUGGGUGCGCGAGCAGCAGCAGGAUAGGGAGGAGCACGGUAUGGAAGACUUCAUGCAGGACAGGUACAUGUUUCUUCUCCUUUGGGCCUCACAGGGCAACACAGGCCCUGCUGCCUUCUGGCUCCUCCUCUACCUCAUGAAGCACCCAGACGCAAUGGGGGCCGUGAAGAAGGAGGUGGAGGAGGUGCUGAAGGAGACAGGCCAGGAGGGGAAGCACGAAGGUCUCUUUAUCGAUCUAACCCGGGACAUGCUGCAAAAGACGCCAAUCCUGGACAGCGCCGUGGAGGAGACCCUCCGCCUCACCACCGCCCCCGUCCUCACCAGGGCCGUGCUCCAGGACAUGUCCCUCAAGAUGGCCGACGGAAGCGAGUACCGCAUCAGAGAAGGAGACAGAGUAGCCCUGUUUCCUUACACUGCCGUCCAGAUGGACCCGGAGGUCCACCCGGACCCACUCACCUACAAGUAUGACCGCUUCCUGACUGCAGAUGGGGGUAAAAAGACUGACUUUUACAAAGGUGGGAAAAAAAUUAAAUACUACAACAUGCCGUGGGGUGCUGGGAUCACUAUGUGCCCAGGACGCUUCUUCGCCACCAACGAGUUGAAGCAGUUUGUCUUCCUCAUGCUCACAUACUUUGAUUUUGAGCUCAAGAACCCAGAUGAAAAGAUACCUGAUAUUGACACCAAGCGCUGGGGCUUUGGGUCCAUGCAGCCAACCAGAGACAUCCAGUUUAGAUACAGACUUAGGUUUUAAAACUGAGUGACUGAC